AUGAUGAUGAGAAGGCAUGCUGAAGGUGGUGGUAGAGCUGCUACUGCUGUUUCGGAAGAACAACGUGCUCUACUAAAAAGGAUUAGAGAACAAUACGAAGAAUUAUUUAAAAUAAAGGAAGAAAACGGUAUUGAAAUACAUCCUAUUUUUGAUACUUUGCCUAUUAAAAAGGAUUAUCCUGAUUAUUAUGCAGUUAUUAAGAAUCCUGUUUCUUUCAAUACUUUGAAGAAAAGAGUUCCUCAUUAUAUUGAUGCUCAAAAUUUUAUGAAUGAUCUUGCUCAAAUACCAUGGAAUGCUAAAACUUAUAAUACAAAAGGUUCCCAAAUUUAUGGAUAUGCUAGUAUAUUAGAAAAGUUUAUUAAGGAAAAUAUUUUAGUUAAAUUAAAGGAAUAUUACCCACAUUUGAAAUAUCCAAAUUUAGGCUUAUUACCUGAUGAAUUAGAGGCUCAACAGAAAUUAGCUCCAGAGAAAAAUAUUGUCAAUACACCAACCAAGAUGAUACAAACAGUAAUUAAGAAAAAUGAUAGCAGCAUGUCAAUUUCAGAUGAAGAUGAUGAAAAUUAUGACGACCAUGAUGAUCGUGAUGAUGAUUACAAUGAUGGAAGAAAGUCUCGUACUGCAAAGAUUACAUUUCAAAGAACAACUUUACACAGUCGAUCCCCAGCUUCUCAACGCCAUUCACAAUCAACUACACCACAACCAGGGAAACCACGGAAGACCCAUGUAAAGCGUGGUAGACCACCUGUCAUCGAUCUUCCAUAUGUACAAAGAAUGAAAAAUGUCAUAAAAAUGUUAAGAAGAGAAACAGAUGAGUCUAAAAGACAAUUAACUGCGACUUUCGAAAAAAUACCGGAUGAACAUGAAGAAACAAAAUAUCUAUCUAUUAUUUCUAAUCCAAUGCCUCUAGAAGAAAUUUUCAAAAAAGUCAAAACAAGAAAGUACAAGGAUUUCCAAGGCUUUCAAAAUGAUAUGAACCUAAUGGUAGCAAAUUAUAAACUUUAUUAUAGAUCAAAUCCACAAGCAUUAAAGCGUGCAAAUCUGUUAGAGAGGAGGUUUGCUGAAUAUUCACGUCAAGAAUUAUCAAAGCCAGAUACGGAUUACAUGCCAGAAGGUGAAUUAAGAUAUCCUUUAGAUGAUAUAGUAGUUAACGGAACAAAAUAUGUUAUCGGUGACUGGGCAUUAAUAAAUAACCCUAAUGACCCCACAAAACCUACAGUUGGCCAAAUUUUUAAACUAUGGAGUACCUCAGAUGGUAAAAAAUGGUUUAAUGCGUGCUGGUACAUAAGACCUGAACAAACUGUUCAUAGAGUUGAUAGACUUUUCUAUAAAAAUGAAGUUUUUAAAACGGGUCAAUAUAGAGAUCAUUUAACAUCUGAAUUAGUCGGAAAAGGUUAUGUAGUACAUUUUACUAGAUAUCAACGUGGUGAUCCAGAUAUCAAAAUCGAUGGUCCUUUGUUUGUUUGUGAAUUUCGUUACAAUGAAAAUGACAAAGGUUUUAAUAAGAUCAGAACUUGGAAGGCUUGCUUACCAGAAGAAAUUCGUGAUCAAGAAGAAGUCACAAUUCCAAUUAACGGUAGGAAAUUCUUCAAAUAUGCAUCACCAAUCAAGCACCUAUUGCCAGCCAAUGCUACUGCAACGGAUCCAAUACCGCAACCGAAGGAAGGUGCCCCUAAUGCACCACCAAUUGCUGGGGGAGUAUAUAUAAGACCUAAAUUAAAACGUGAUGAUUUAGGUGAAUAUUCUACAUCUGAUGACUGCCCACGUUACAUCAUAAGGCCUGGAGAUCCACCAGAAGAUGGUAAAAUAGAUUUUGAAAUGGGUACGAUUACAACUAGUAGCUUGUCAAUGACUGGUUUACCUAGAUCGAGUGGUGGAUCCGGAACUCGUCUAUCCACAAUGAGACAGAGUAGAUCAUCCACCGGAUUACCAAUGAUGGCUGUUCCAGGUGGUCAAUCAUUUUAUCCACAGAAUAAUUCGACUACAAUGGAUGGAAUGAAAGCGACUCCACAAGCUGUGGGUAUGGGUUCAAAUAUUACUGUACACGGCUUGAAACAGCAUCAAUUAUACAAGAUUCAGCAACAGCAUCAACAGCAACAGCAACACAAGAAGUCCCAAGCAUCUGGUUACAAUUUGACUACAAUUGUAAAUAAUUUAACAUCUAAGGCAUCGAAGGCAACUUUAGGCCAAAUUGUAAUCGAUACUUCUGGGGCCUAUGUGCUUCCUGUAUCAAUUACGAAAAAUGUUGAUGUUUUACAAAGAUCCGAUUAUGGAAGUAUAGUAAAAAGAUUAGGCAAAGAUGAAGCGAAAAAGCGUAAGCGCAAAGGUGAAAUUUUAUGGUUCAAGGGUCCAAGUGUAGCCAUUGAAGAAAGAAUGUUAAACUCUGGGGAUGAGCAUUUGCAAUUACCACUAAACAGUUGUUUUGCGACAAACAAGAAAUUAAAAAUAGAAUAUGAGGAAAUUGAAGAACCAUUAGAUUCAAGCGACCAAACAGCUAGUAGUAAUUCAAUUCAAGAAGACGUUCAAUUACAACAUGUUAAUGAUUCUCAAUCAAAGAAGGAAAACUUACCAGGAUCAUUUCCUUUAGGACUUAGACCUUCUGCUAAUUUCAUGGCCUUUAAAUUAUCGUCUAGCGAACCUUCAUCAACUUAA